AUGGUAAAACUGAGAAAAGAAAUACCCGGCAUUCCCACCAGUGCAAUAUUUAGGCGGCGUUUGAGUAUAUCUGGUGCUACGGCAUAUUGGGCGUUGAAAGAUAUGUUGAAGCCUAAGGCGCCCCAGCUGUCGGGAACGUUGACCCUCAAUUCGCAAAGAAAGGUUUGGGGGGUUAAACGUGUUGUUGGAAUUGCUGGCACGGACGAGAAAAUGCAAGUGGCUGAAGAACCUGAAGAAAGCAACUCCCCCGACAAAGUUGACUUAUUCCUUGAUAACGUUGGCGGAUCCAUCUUGGACGAGGUGAUGAUGCGUAUGAAUCCUUACAGAGCCAUAUGUAUCGUCGGAAUCCUGGCUCACAUAAAAGACUCUGAGCAAGGCACGUGA